AUGGCAAACACCGAGGGGGGGGGAUUAGUCAGCAGUGAGAAGAGAAAAAGGGAAGUUCUAGCAGGACUCUACAAGAGACUUGGAGUGCCCUCGGAGAAUGAAGCUUUUGACCAAGCGUUUAAGAAGGAGGUGGACGCAUGGGCCCAAAAAGAAGAAGAGACAUCGAAGGCAGACGUUGGGAACGUAGAACUAGAAAAGGAGUUCACUGAGGACGAGGUUGAGGCGUGUGUGAACAAGCUGAAGUGCCACAAAGCAGCAGGAGCGGAUGGGAUAGUCAACGAGUUCAUGAAGUUUGGGGGGAAGGGGAUGAUCCAGCUGAUGGUACUGCUAUACAAUUGGGUGUGGAAAAACGAGUAUACGCCAAGUAGAUGGAGGGAAGGAGUGGUUGUGAACUUGUUCAAGAAAGGAGACAAGACUGACCCAGGAAACUACAGGGGCAUCACACUGUUGAACACAGCAGGAAAAGUGUUCUGUAAGCUACUGAACGAUGGGUUAGUGGGAGUAUUGGAGAAGGAACAUAGCAUUAGUGAGGGCCAGGCAGGAUUCCGAAAGAAGAGGGGGUGCGUAGACCACGUAUUCACGGUAGGGAGAAUCAUCCAAGGUAGGAAGAGGGCGGGAAAGCCGACGUACUGCUUCUUCCUGGACGUGAAAAAGGCAUACGACACCGUAUGGAGAAAUGGGUUGUGGAAACAACUGUCCAAAUACGGGAUCAAGGGGAAAAUGUGGAGAGUGCUGAAGAAGAUGACAGAGUGUACGAAAAGCGCGGUCAUGCUAGACAGAGAACUGUCAAAAUUCUUCGACAUUGAGCAGGGGGUCCCACAAGGUUGCACGCUGUCCCCAACAUUGUUCGGGGUGUUCAUCAACGAUCUGUUGGAGGUUGCAGAGGCAGUCCGGAAGGGAGUAAAAGUAGGGGGCACGGAAAGGUCGGUUUCAGGAAUGCUGUUUGCGGAUGAUUUUGUCGGUAUGUCGGACACCCCUGAGGGACUGCAACUGCAAAUUGACGCGACGAAGAAAGUGUUAUGCAACGAGAACAAGGAGGAACCAGUUGAACGUGGAUGGAAGUGGGGAAUCGAGGAGAUUGCAGUAGUGGACCAGUACACAUACCUCGGAGUAGAGAUCGCAAAAGACUGCUCGUGGAAUGCACACGUGUCCACGGUAGCGGAAAAGGACAAAGCACGAGCAGGGAAGCUGCACCCAAUACUCUCAAACCGGCACCUCGAUGCACGCAUCAAAUUGAAGGUUUUGAAGAGCGUAAUCGUACCGCCGCUAGAGUACGCCGAUGAAGUAUGGGAUGNCUCGGAGUAG